GGGGAAAUAGAGAGAAAAAAUCGGAAAAUUUUCAAAUUUCAAAACCUAAGGAAAACUGGACAAACUUAAGAUAAAUGAUUGAUUAUAUUUUGAAGAAAAAAAGAGCUAUGCGAAAUUGAAAAUGAUUAGCCGGGCUUGUUGGGCCCAUAGUAUCGUUAGCCCAUUUAUCCUUUUCUCGGUGAACUUUUUCCCGCCAAAAGAAAUUGGGGAAAAGGGCUUUUUUACCGCCGUGAGAAUAAGAGAAGGGUUUUCUCCGACGUCGGCCUCUUUGACGGAGUGGGCUCCUUAAUCUUCUUUCUGUUUCCUUAUCCGGCGAAACUCACCGCAGGAGAUUACCCUGAUCAAGCUGAUAUCAUAAUGAAGGAGCCACGCGAAGCUAAAGCUGUGAUGGAAAAGACUAGCCCUGACGGUGCUCCAGAACAGUUUCCAUUUCAUCACAACCAGACGUCUGUUCCUACAAACACUGGUGAGAAGAGAAAGAGGGAAGGAUUAUUUGGAAAAGAAAGAGAAUCUGGAAACAGCAGCGAGAAUGAAGAAGUUAUUAUAGUUGGUGACACUAAGGCUUUUAAAGAUUUUGGUUUUGUUGGAGGAGAGCUGUCUCAGAGGUCUGUGUUUAGCAAGCGACAGGCUUUCGAUUUACAAAGCAACAGAAAUCUUAAAGGGUCUUUGGCAAAGGAAGAAGCAGGAGAAGAACCAGAAAGAGCAAGACAAGAUUCAACUUUUAAUGACUUUGGUAAGCUGAUUGAAGAAAGUAAAUUUGCAGUUGGACAGACAUGGGCUCUUUAUGAUACUGAAGGGAUGCCUAGAUUGUAUGCUCAGAUCAGAAAAGUUUCAAUCUCGAGUUUCUGUCUUAGUGUCACAUGGCUUGAGCCUGAUCCAGAUGAAGAGGAAGAAAUACAAAAAGAUUUGCCUGUUUCUAUUGGUAGGUUCAGACUUGGGGAAAACGAGGAUAUAAAUGAUCGCGGAAGGUUCUCUCAUGUGGUUCAUUGCAAUGAAGGAAGAAGCGCAGGUAAAUUCAGUAUAUACCCAAGGGAAGGAGAGACAUGGGCUGUCUUCAAGGGGCGCUACAAGUCUUUGUACCAGAACUGGGACAUAGAUUGGUCAGCUGAUCCCGAUUCUCACUGUAAAUAUAACUAUGCAUUUGUCGAAAUCUUGUCAGAAUACGAUGGUGGAUCUAGUGCACCUGUUGGAUUCCUGCAUAAAGCAAGAGGUUUUCCCAGUGUGUUUUGUCGCUUUACUGAGGAAAUUGUUAAAUCUUGCAUUCGUCAUACAAAGCAAUUCUCCCACCGUGUUCCAUCAUUCAAGAUGACGGGACUUGAGGCAGAAGGUGUGCCAAGAGGUGCUUAUGAACUGGAUCCCAAGUCACUACCGGAAAAUAUCAAAGAGAUUGAUGUCCCUCUACAUCUACUAACAGAGCUUACAGUGUCAAACUCUGAGAACAACGACAAAAAUUCGCAGUGCGUGCACUUUGCUAGUACGGGAAGGACUUUUGAAACUGGCCAAGUCUGGUCAUUUUGCAGUGGUGACGAUAACUUGCCCCGGUACUAUGGCAAGAUUCAGAAGAUCACAUUUAUUCAGGCAUUUGAGCAGGAUCCUGUAAUGAAAUUGCAUAUAGGUCGGCUAAAGGCUAGACCUAUCAAAGGCGUCAUCCAGUGGGUUGACAAGGAAAUGCCCAUAGGCUGUGGAAAUUUCCGAGCGAGAAAAGUUCUUGAAAUAUUCACUGAUCUUGAUGUGUUUUCCCGUCAGAUAAGCCCAGACUCCUCUGGAGAUGGAGAUGAUUACAGCAUCAUGCCCAAGACUGGUGAUGUCUGGGCAAUAUACAGAAACUGGAGUAAUGACAUUGAAGUCGUUGAUCUGCAAUCCCGGACUUAUGAUCUUGUGGAAGUUCUUGAUGAUAAAUUGGACUACAAUGUUUUGCUGUUGGCUCCUGAGGGUGGCUUUAAAUUUGCGGAUUCUGCAGGUUUUGUUGGUUCGGUGUAUAUGGCUGCAACGGAGCAUUGGAUUGAUGGCGCUGAUGUGAGAUUCACAAUUGCGAAAUCUGAACUGCUCAGAUUCUCGCAUCAAGUUCCUACUUCAAGAGUAACAAAAGAGAUACAUGGAGCUUUGCAAGAAGUUUAUGAACCUAAUAUCAAGGCAUUGCCUGCUAACUUGAUUCUCUGACUCUGGAGCUGAAACAACACCGUGGAUCAACGAAUAGGGAGAGAAAGAUGACGGUUUUUUGCUUUUUUGGUCAAAAGGGUGCUUGUGGUUUAGAUUAAGAUAUUUCCUGAACUUUCUCUAUGUUU